AUGAAUUGUCUCCCCAUAAGUAUUAUUACUCAUAUACCACCAUCUGUUUCAUAUCCGUGCCCUGCUGAAGCUCCUCUUGUCACCUCCAGUACUACUGGCUCUUCCUUCGCUGCUGCUCCCUCUUCGGCUGUUCUUCACGCUCCUGUCUCUGCGACGACGACUCCCACGCCUGGAGGCCCUCGAUGCUCUUCAUGUGGUAAGGUGUGUCUCAGCAAAAGACAUCUUCGCUUCCAUCGUUACCGCCGACAUCGCCGUUCAUCUCUCUCUGCGUCUCCCGGUGCCGAUGCUUUCGUCACUCCUGGUCCUUCGCCUUCCGGUUCUCCGACUCUUCCUGCAUCGCCUUACAGUCCCAGUGCUCCUUCCGGCCCUCCUCCUGGCCCGCUGGGCCCCUCUUCGACUUGUCGGAUUGACAACACUCUUCACUUGGUUUUCCCUGUAAGUGACGUGUUCAUCUGCACCGAGCCCAACUGCAGCCUCCUCUUCCGUUCCGGCUCCUGGUCUCGCAUGAAGAAAUCCCUUACCAGGCACAUCCUGCAAGAACACCUCAUACACAUCUCCUCGUGCAUGAAGUGGUGUGGUCUCUGCAGCUCUAUUCUCGCCAACAGGGUUUCUUCCCACUCCUGCUUUCGCACCACUCCUCCUGUUUCCUCCUCCGGCGCCUCCUUCCAAUGGAAAUGCUCCGUGUGCUAUUUCUCCUGCCCUUCCAGGAAAGGUCUUUUCAAUCACUCGGCUUUCCACCAACGUGCUUCACGGAACGCUGCUGCCAACAACAUUCCUCUUCCAUUGCCUGUUGCUCAGAGACGAAGACGACGUCGACCUGCGCCGCCAGACUCCUCGCCCACUGCUGCUGCUUCAGUUCGCUCCCACGUUCCUGCUCCUGCUGUCGCUCCUUCGCCUCCUUCACCGACACAUGCUGUGAAUCCUACCGACUCUCCGCUGGUCUCCACACCUACUGCUUCACCUCUUCCGGAUGUUCCUGCUUCCCCUUCAAGGUCCACUGCUUCUCCGUUGGAUUCUCCCUCCUCUUCUCAUCCCUCCCUUCCGCUGUCGCCGUUAGACGUUCCGAGCAGUGCUGUUACCGAUCCUCCGGUCCUUCCUGAUGAUGCUUCUGCUCUUGAUGUCUCCACUCUGCCCUCAGAUGAGUUGUUCCGCCUUCCUUCUGUUGACGAUGUCUCCUCCGAUCCUCCUCUUCUCCUGCACAGGGACUCUCUUCAGUGCUUUGCUUCCGGACCCACCGACGACUCUUCCUGGUGCUCCUUUGAGUCCUGUCCACCGCCGAAGGGCCAUGCGUCUCCUCACUUCUGA